AUUUAAGUGUUGCGUUAGACAGACUUUUGCACCAAUAAUAUUGAUCAGUAAAUUCGAGUAGUAACAAGUUCUGCUCUGGUUUUUUCCUCAAGUCCAUUUUCUUCCAAAUUGAAGAAAAUGGCUACCAUAUCUGCGAGCACUCCAGCCUCAUUAACCACUCGUGCAACUCUUGUGCACAAGAGAUCAGCAGGGGUUUCACCCUUACCUGUUCUUGGCUUGCCAGCCAUGGCACUUAAGGGAAAAGUGAGAUGUUCCAUGAAGGAAAAGCCAUCUGUGCAGGAAAACUGGUGUAAGAAAGGCAUGAGUGCAUCACUUUUCGCAGCUGUGUGUGCUGCAACCAUGUCAAGCCCAGCCCUAGCUCUUGUGGACGACAGGAUGAGCACUGAAGGAACAGGACUUCCCUUUGGCUUGAGCAACAAUCUUCUUGGUUGGAUUCUGUUGGGUGUGUUCGGUCUGAUUUGGGGUUUCUACAUUGUUUACACUUCCACCCUGGAUGAGGAUGACGAAUCAGGAUUGUCCCUCUGAAGCCUUAAGUCAAUUCCUAACUGCUGUUUGUCACAAUUCCCAUUUUAAAAAGAAUGUAAAAACUGAGAAGAGUUAGGCUUUUUUCCGUCUUUUGUAAUUCGUUUUUCGUUUGUGCAAUUUGUGUGCCUGCCUCGUUAAUAUUCUUCUAA